CGAGGUCGGAGGUCGCGGGGCGGGGCCAGCGUCGGUAGCCGCCGCCUCUGCCUCCGCAGUUGUCCCUCAGCCUGCAUCAGCCCGCGUUCCUUGUCCCCGUACUCGGGCGUGGCCGGGCUUCGAGUCCACGGGCGCGGUCUGGGACGCCGAGGAUGGCCCUGGGCGAGGAGCCGGCCACGGGCGCGCCGGAGGACGGGGCGGAGGACGAGGCGCUGGCCCGCGGCGGCGCCCUCGAGGCGUUCGGCGAGAGCGCGGAGACUCGCGCGCUGCUCGGCCGCCUGCGGGCGGUGCUCGGCGACCGUGCGGCCCGGGAGGGCGCCUUGGAGCGGUUCCGAGUGAUAAUGGACAAAUACCAGGAGCAGCCUCAUCUGUUGGAUCCACACCUUGAGUGGAUGAUGAACUUGUUGUUGGAUAUAGUGCAAGAUAAGACCUCUCCAGCUGACCUCCUACAUCUAGCUUUCAAGUUUCUUUACAUCAUCACCAAGGUUCGAGGAUAUAAAACGUUUCUUCGUUUGUUUCCUCAUGAAGUAACUGACGUACAGCCUGUGUUGGAUAUGUUUACAAAUCAGAACCCUAGAGACCAUGAAACUUGGGAGACCCGCUACAUGCUUUUACUGUGGCUCUCUGUGACCUGCCUGAUCCCUUUUGAUUUUUCACGCCUCGACGGGAACCUCGUCACUCAACCUGGGCAGACGCGAAUGCCCAUAAUGGACCGUAUUCUCCAGAUAGCAGAGGCCUAUUUGGUUGUCAGUGACAAGGCCCGAGAUGCAGCUGCUGUCCUUGUGUCCAAGUUUGUCACACGGCCUGAUGUCAAGCAGAAGAAGAUGGCAGGUUUCUUGGACUGGAGCCUGCACACCUUGGCCCGCUCCUCCUUCCAGACCAUUGAGGGAGUCAUUGCCAUGGAUGGCAUGCUGCAAGCCCUGGCGCAAAUAUUUAAGCAUGGAAAACGUGAGGACCUUUUACCCUAUGCUGCCACUGUUCUCGAGUGCCUGGAGGGCUGCAGGCUCCCCGACAGCAACCAGACCCUGCUCCGGAAACUUGGGGUGAAGCUUGUGCAGCGUCUAGGACUGACGUUCCUGAAGCCCAGGGUGGCGAAGUGGAGGUACCAGCGUGGCUGCCGCUCGUUGGCUGCUAACUUGCAGCUCUGUGCCCAGAGUCAGAAAGCGUCGAAGGUGCACGUGGAGACUCCCGACAGCGAUGGAGACUAUGACGUCCCCGAGGAGGUGGAGAGCGUGAUAGAGCAGCUGCUGGUUGGGCUGAAGGACCAGGACACCAUUGUGCGGUGGUCUGCGGCCAAAGGAAUUGGUAGGAUGGCUGCAAGGCUUCCCAAAGAGCUGGCGGAUGACGUGGUUGGGUCCGUGUUAGAUUGUUUCAGUUUUCAGGAGACGGACAAUGCCUGGCAUGGUGGCUGUCUGGCGUUGGCAGAACUGGGCAGAAGAGGCCUGUUGCUCCCUUCUCGACUCGAGGAUGUUGUCCCCGUGAUCCUGAAGGCGCUGACCUAUGAGGAGAAGCGGGGUUCCUGCAGCGUGGGCACCAACGUCAGAGAUGCUGCCUGCUACGUGUGCUGGGCCUUCGCGCGUGCCUAUGAGCCCCAGGAGCUGCAGCCCUUUGUGGCCGCCAUUUCCAGCGCUCUGGUGAUUGCCACAGUGUUUGACCGAAACAUAAACUGCAGGAGAGCGGCCUCUGCUGCUUUCCAGGAGAAUGUGGGGAGACAGGGCACUUUCCCUCACGGAAUCGAUAUUUUGACUGCAGCGGACUACUUUGCUGUCGGCAACAGAGCUAACUGUUUCCUGGUCAUAAGCAUGUUUAUUGCCGGCUUUCCUGAGUACACACAGCCAAUGAUAGACCACCUGGUGACCAUGAAGAUCAGCCAUUGGGAUGGGGUCAUCAGGGAGCUGUCUGCGAAAGCUCUGCAUAACCUGGCACAGCGAGCUCCUGAGUACAGUGCCGCCCACGUUCUCCCGCGUCUGCUGUCGAUGACGCAGAGUCUGGACCUGCACACGCGGCACGGAGCUGUGCUUGCCUGCGCAGAGGUCACCCGUGGCCUGUACAGACUCGCAGCGCAAGAGGACAGGCCUGUCACAGACUACGUGGAUGAGGCAGCAGUGCGGGGCCUGAAGCACAUUCACCAGCAGCUUUACGAUCGUCAGUUAUACAGGGGUCUCGGAGGAGAACUCAUGAGACAGGCAGUGUGCGUUUUAAUAGAAAACUUGUCCCUUUCCAAGAUGCCUUUUAGAGGUGACAUCAUAAUUGAUGGUUGGCAGUGGCUGAUAAAUGACACGUUGAGAAAUCUCCACCUUAUUUCAAGUCAUUCUAGACAACAGAUCAAGGAAGCGGCCGUCUUGGCCCUGGCUGCUCUCUGCAGCGAGUACUACGCCCUGGAGACCGGGGAGGCGGAUCCCGCUAGGCAGGAGGAGCUGAUACAGCAGUAUCUUGCUGACCUGCAGAGCCCAGAGGAGAUGGCUCGCUGUGGCUUCUCACUGGCCCUGGGCGCCCUCCCGCGCUUCCUCCUGAAAGGCAGGCUGCAGCAGGUGUUGGCAGGCCUGGGCGCCGUGACUGUCAUUUGUCCUGAGGAUGUGAGCUUUGCCGAGUCCAGGCGGGAUGCUUUGAAGGCUAUCUCAAGGGUGUGCCAGACGGUUGGUGUGAGAGCAGGAGGGGCCCCAGACGAGGUUGUGUGUGAAGAGAACGUCUCUCAGAUUUACCGCACGCUGCUGGGCUGUCUGCACGACUACACUACCGACAGCCGUGGGGACGUUGGCGCGUGGGUCCGUGAGGCCGCCAUGACCAGUCUGAUGGACCUGACGCUCCUGCUGGGGAGGGAACAGCCAGAGCUGAUCGAGGCCAGCGUCUGUCAGCAGGUCAUGUGUUGUGUGGCCCAGCAGGCGAGUGAGAAGAUUGACCGGGUCCGUGCACACGCCGCCUGUGUGUUCAUGACGCUGCUGCACUCUGACGGCUCCCCUGUCCCUCACGUGCCCCACCGAGGAGAGCUGGAAAAGCUCUUUCCCAGAUCCGACAUGGCCUCCGUGAACUGGAAUGCACCAUCCCAGGCCUUCCCUCGCAUCACCCAGCUCCUGGGGCUGCCCGCCUACCGCUACCACGUCCUACUGGGGCUGGCCGUGUCCGUGGGCGGCUUGACCGAGUCCACGGUCAGGUACUCGACUCAGAGCCUCUUUGAGUACAUGAAGGGGAUUCAGAAGGACUUGCAGGCCCUGGAGGGCUUCGGGGGGACCCUCCUGCAGGUCUUUGAGGACAACCUUCUGAAUGACAGGGUGUCUGUGCCGCUGCUGAAGACACUGGACCGGAUGCUGGCCAACGGCUGCUUCGAUCUCUUCACCUCGGAGCAGGACCACCCCUUCGGUGUGAAGCUACUCUCGCUUUGUAAGGAGGAGAUCAGGAAGUCCAAGGACGUGCAGAAACUGCGGUCGGGCGUCGCGGCGUUCUGUGGGAUGGUGCAGUUCCCGGGCGACGUGAGGAGGAAGGUCCUUCUGCAGCUGUGCCUUCUGCUCUGCCACCCGUUCCCCGUGAUCCGGAAGACCACGGCCAGCCAGGUGUAUGAGGUGCUGCUCACCUAUGGUGACAUCGUGGGUGAGGACGUCCUUGAUGAGGUCAUGGCUGUGCUGGGUACUACGGCCUGGGACGCAGAGCUCCCGCUUGUGAGAGGCCAGAGGAACCGCCUGUGUGACCUCCUCGGCGUGCCCAGACCUCAGCUGGUCCCCAAGGUAACUGCAUGGCCCGUGGCCACAUGAGACCUGGGGGCCCUUUCCACGUGAGACCUCUAAGUGCAGCUCCCGUGAGCCAGCAUUCUGAGCUCGAGUCUGGAACAUUCCGGUUGUACCGGGCGGCUGGUGCUUUUCCCCACCCUGCCUGCCCCUUGUGUGCUUUGCCGGCUCCUCCCCAAAGGCUCCUGCGUGCCUUGUCCCCACCGGACACGUGUCAGGUGUGUCCUGUGGGCAGGAUGUCCAGGACAGGCCCUCUGCCUGGCGGGUGGCCAUCCUAUGCUGCCCGCCCUCGGCAGUGACGCAGCUCGCUCCUUUCACUGAGGUCCUCGGUGCCGCUGUCUGGUUUCCACCAUCACCACCUCCCUGGAUGCUCGUCCUGUCUGGAGACGCUGUCACCCCCCGGGGUCUCCAGGGCUGCCCAGUGAGGUGUCAGUCUUUUCCACGGCAUUGGUGUGCACACUGUAGCUGCGGUUUUCUGAGAUCGCAGGGCCCCUGGCUGUCCUUCCAGGCUCUGUGGCCGUCCGGACAUUUUCGGCUCUUGCGUGUGUGCUUGCAGGGGAUCAGGAUGGACUCAGGCUGUGGGCUCCACUGGACCUCAAGCGCAGAGCACGGCAGCGUGUUCUGUGACGGCUGGGCACAGAGGCAGUUCCUCGGCCCCACGUUCCUGAUCCUGCCCUGUCGUGGCUCUGUUCCGCUGGACCUGGUUUGAUCCCUGACUGCUUCUGAGCUUUAACCGAGCAAGAACACACAGGAGUGCGUGCCGUCCAGCUUUGUGCACACGCGGGAUGAGCACCUGGCUCAAGGUGGAGCCUCCCGGGCGGGCUGCUGGCAGCGCUUGCUCCUGCUGGGCUAGAGGGCUGCAGCCCCAGACGCUGGCGAGCAGAUUCCAGAACGUGCUUGCAUUGCGUGUGCCGUGUGUCGUGGUGGUUGGUGUGUGCGUCCCCUUCUCUGCUUUUUCUGGGCUGUCUGAUGCGUAUGGGUUCUGGACUGUGUCUGCCAGGAUCUCCCUCUCUGGGGGCGGCUCUGUCAUCCUUAGGUUUCAUAUGUUCCAACUUACCCUUUCUAUUCUGUAUAAUUAAGGGCCUGUUUAAGGUCUUUACCGAUUCCAGGGUUGUGUUUCCUGGGUGUUUCUCAAAAGCUUUAUUGUUUCAUUGCCUACAUUGAGAUUUGAGGCCCCUCUGGACUGGUGUUUGCAUGUGGUGCCGGGGAGAGACCCGCAGGUGUGUUCUGUGUGCAGUCCAUGCAGCUCCAUUCUGGCCACAAUGUCACCAUGGCCAAAGUUGGGCCACAUGUGUGGCUCUCGUCUUGGGUCCUCUGUCCUCUGUCUGAAAGCCACAGACACGGGUGUGGGUCUUGUGGGAUGUCGUGGCGCUCACGUGUCUCCGUCUCCAGUUUUAUUUUUCUGAGACCAUCUUGACUCUUACCCUUCGGGUUUCAGAAACCCCUGCAGGACAGUCUCGUCAGUUCGCACCGCAGAACCCGCCAGGCAUCUGGCCGAGGGUGGCUUGGAGCCUCUGGGUCUACUUGGCAAGGACCCACGUCUGUGGUGCCGAGUCUUGCAGCCUCGAGCACAAAGGAGCGCUUUGUGCUUUAUGGCUUGGAGAAGGGAUGCCACGCUUCUUUCUGUAGCUGUCCCACAGCUCUUGGAAUUCUUCUGUUUUUCCAUUCUUUUCUCUCUUGGCAUUUCAGUUUGGGAAGUUUCUAUUGACCAAUCUUCAGAUUCUUUCCCUGUGUCCAGUCUUCAUUUCUGUUACUGUGCUUCUGAUUUCUGGCGUUUUCUUUGAUUCUUAAGACUUUCUGGUCCUGCUUUCUCUGUCCAUCUGUCCUUGGUGGCACCCACUUUCCCCAUCAGAGCUCCUGGUACAUUAAUGAUACUUGUUUUAAACCCCAUCUGACUAUUCCAACUCUGCUGUGUCUGAGUCUGGUUUUGAUCUUGGUGCCGUCUCUCUCCCAACUGAUUUUCUUGCCUCUGGCAGGUUUUGUGAGUUUUUGUUGAAGGCCAGAUAUGUUGUGUUGGUCACAGGAACUGAGGCAAAUGGGCCUCAGGUUUGUGAAGGUCUGUGUGUGUCCGGCAGGGACCCCCUGUGUGUUCGGUACUGCUGCAGCCCCCAGAGCUUUGAACUUCUCCAGCCCGUUGUGCUCUUGCCUGGGGCGUCCCUGCACUGUCCCCCUCCGAGCUUCGGUGUCUGGGUGCUCUCUGAGAGAGAACCCACGGCCAUGACCCUGGAGUCCUGCAAGAGAGGUGGCAGAACGUGGGGCAGUUUGCAGUCAUCUGAGCAAACCUAAGUUGGGCUCCCUGCCAUCCCCGGGCAGGUGACAUGGGCUCAGGCACGUCUCUCCCCUGGAGAGGAGACCCUUGUGCUGGAGACGCCUGGGUGCGACUCACAGCAGUCACCCACCAGAGUGCAGGGGGCUUUCCAGGUUUGUGACCAGGUGAACCUGCGGGUUCCUGGAGGGUCCCCCCAAGAUGGCACCUCCACAGUCUCGCCCUCCUGCUAGCUCACACCCACCUCCAACAGCUUGCUGAAUCGGCACUCAGGCAUGCCUUCCGCUCUGUGGGGAGUUGCGGCGGCCUCUGCUCCAGGCAGAGUCUGCAUUUGUCCAUCUCAGUGUUGGGGGGGCCUCCAUCCUCUGAUGAGGCUGAGAACAUGCUGCGGUUCCUCGAUUGCCCUCAGGGCUUCCCAAACCUACCUGCCUUCUCCUCAUUCUGUCUUCUCAGUGUGGCACGCAGUGGCACCGGAUGCCCGUGGGCUUACGUCUGUGCCACCGUCCUGGUGAGCUGACCACCACUUGGAAAUGUUCUUUACGUGUAAGAACGCUCCGUGCCCUCGAGUCUACUUUGUCUGAUGGUCGUGGGUCACACUGGAUUUUUGGUUGUCGUUUACGCCUUUUCCUUUCUGUGUUUCCGUACAUUUAAGUGGAUCUUAGGUCUUACCUGUUUUUAAUCUAAUUCGUCGGAGUGUUUUGUGUCCCAUUUAACGUGUGAUUAGGGAUUCGGUCGGGUUUACGUCUGCCAUCUUUGAUUCUUGUCUGAUCUCAUGGUUUUCUCCUCUUGUCUUCACGUGGAUUCAAGAAGUGUUUAUAGUUUUCCUGCGAGUCUGCCAGUGAGGACCGCGAGAGCAGGGCUGCGUGAAGGGAGGGUGGCACCAGGCACUGUCCCAGCACGCGACCCCCUGCCGGUAUUCCGAGAAGCCUCUUUCCUGUGUCCUGUCAGCUCUUCAGUCUCCCCUCUGGGCACCUGGAAUCAUGCUGUUAUUUCUGGGAUGGUUUUCCUGCCUCCUUUCCAGUGCCACUCGGUGUGGUGGCUGUGCCCACCUUUCUCUCGGGCCCCCGGGUGGCACCGUGAGGGGUGGGGAUGGCAAGCCAAGCAUAGCGUUGCUUUCCAAGUAAACGUGCCGUUUAUGCUUUUAUCAGGAACAUCUGAUGCACGGGUGGAUGAAGGUGGGGCAGAGUACCGGGGACCUCCCUGCUGCCACCCAGGGCCCGGCGGGGAGGGGGGACAGUGCUGAUGGUCUGACCCUGUGCUGUGUCCCCCACAGCCUGGUACCCGCUGAGGUCCCCUGCCCACCUGGCAGGGAGGAGGAGCCCGAUGACGGUCAGCAUGAGACACCGGGACGCGGCGCCGAGGGACUUGGAGCUCGUCACCACAGUGGGGGCUUUUCCUCACGUGUUUUUGUCUUCAUGUCCGUGGGAACCCCCCGUCUAUAAAAUCACGUCCUAAGCA